ACAGUUUUUUGUUUUGUCGUCAUGAUGCCGAUCUCUGACAGAGAGCGGCAUCGUUUUAGAAAUUUACCAAACACUUAAAAUGCAGGUUGUUGUUAAGGUGUAGCUUGAAAUUAUAUCUGUGCAGAAGACCAUGGCAACCCCGUACGUUGUUCCCAAAGUGCCCUUAAACUGCUGUCACCCAGGCUACCACUGCAAGAGCAAGACCGGGCUGUGCCAGGAGAGAAGCAACCGGAACGAGUGUCGCUUCACGUAUGCUCAUCGGUGUUCCGUCUGCGAUGCUCACACGGGACACAACUGCUGUCGGCGGAGAAGCAAGAGCGAAGGUGUCGACGGGGACCCUCUGAGAGAGCUCAAUCGAGACUACGAAGUCGAGUGUCAGAGGAGGUGGGUCCCCAAGGAGCGGGAAGUGGUCAACGUGUGCGGAGAUUCACGUCGUGGCUACGUCAUUCCGGCAAGCAGGUCCGUGCUGAACGAGUAUCCGGUCGAGUAUGGCGAGUCUUACCCUCGAUCCAUGGAUGUCGAUCGUGGCGUGGAUCACGCAAAAUCUUUUUCCGAGAGGAGCACUUGUGCUCAGAGAAAAUUUAGGGACAGAACACUGACCCCAAAUCAUAGAUAUCAGCCGAAGUGCCAACAGGAUCCGUACGUCAGUAUUAGUCACGCGAGACCUUUGAGGGAACGUGAAACUUCGAGGUAUGCUUCCAUUCCACAAAACAACGAAUGUUUUUCUGUGUGUCCGACAAAACCCGAAGCAAGCAAUAGUAACUUUAGAAACAUUGUGCCAUUAGAAGCCCGGGAUGUGGAUGGUUCUCGGAGAAAAUGUGACGGACACGACGUGCCCUUGAAACACAACGGCCAUAGAAUUCACGCCGAUGGUGAAACUCACCAGCGGAAAGCCUCGCAGUAUCGGCAGUAUCGGCAGUGUGGGCAGUGCGACGGCCGGCAGAGCGAGGAAGCGAGGGCCAGCCCGGCCGCGAUGCAGAACCACUACUUGCGAGAGAUGGCGGCACUGCGCACCAAACUGCACGAGAUCCGUGACGGGGCGGAGGGCAAGAGGCUGCGCCAGCGCAGUGAGUCGGAGCCGGGCGUCACGAUGGUGGGAGCGGUGAGUCAGGAGGCCAGCCGAGAGCCCAAACGGGCGCGUGACAUCUCCCCCGGCCUGUGGGACGCAGGGUACCGCCAAGUGCAGGACAGCUGGCACCGUGCGGACGACCGGGAGCUACCGAAACGCUGCAUUCCGGACGUGAAGCUUCCAAUUAUCCAGAGGCAACACAAGAAGUCUGUGAGCACUGCAAGAAACAACCGCAACAGCCUACGAGAUGAUGUUAGUGUCUCUUCAGACUCUGACUUUGCCGACAGCGACCGCACUGGCGGCAGUGGGGAGGACGGCGACAGCAAGGGCGAGCCGGCAGAGGACAGCGAGGAAGAUGACCAGUCUGUGAUGAGCAGUUUUACGACCGUUUCAACUGAUUCCAACACGCCUUCAGUUGUUGGAGAAACGCUUGGCUCCAUUUCGCUGAACGAUAGCACGAGAGUCGAGAAAGGAGUUGGAUUCGAUGGAUAUGGUCGCAAAACUCACCUCCCAGGGUUCCUUCGGGCUAGUUUGUUCUCGCAUGUGCCACCAUAUGUCCAGUUUUCGACACAUGAGGAGAAAGGAGAAAGUCUUCCAAGUGAAAUUCAGCGCCUUAUGAAGUGGAAGCUCAGCACCAUCACACCACUGAUUGUUCGUCGUACGCUUGUCAAUUCGGGCUUCAGGCUCAUCAGAAGUGAGUUUUACAACAGUGGCCUGUUUCACAAAGAAUCAAAUGACUGGAUUGGCACUUGGGGCAAACACAUGAAGUCUUUUUGUUUCAAGACAUUAAAAGACUCCCAGAAGAUGAACCAUUUUCCAGGAACUUUCCAAAUUGGCCGCAAGGACAGACUGUGGAAGAACUUGCACAGGCUAAUGGCUAAAUUUGGCAAGAAGGAGUUUGGAUUCAUCCCUCACACGUACAUCCUACCACAGGACACGAAGGUGUUGCGACAGGCCUGGGAGAGGAGUUGUGGCAAGUCUCGCUGGAUCAUUAAACCACCGGCGUCGGCGCGUGGCACCGGCAUCAAGGUGGUGCAUCGCUGGGCACAGAUCCCCAAGAAAAAGCCCCUGGUGGUGCAGAAGUACAUAGCACAGCCCUACCUCAUCAACGGCAGCAAGUUCGACCUCCGCCUGUACGUCCUGGUCACCAGCAUCAACCCCCUGCGCAUCUACAUGUACGAUGACGGCCUGGUACGCUUUGCUUCUGUAAUGAUUGAGCGUGAUCAGAACGGGUUGUGUGCAGUGAAGUACUCUGCGGACAUGGCGAGCCUGGGCGACCGCUACAUGCACCUCACCAACUACAGCAUCAACAAGCUGAGCAGCCACUACACGCAGAACGAAGAUGCCUCCGCCUGCCACGGCCACAAGUGGACCGUGAAGACUCUGUGGGCUUACCUAGCGAAAGGUGGUGUGGAUGUGAAGAUGCUGUGGCAUUCUUUGGUGGACCUAGUCAUCAAGACUAUCAUCAGUGGUGAAUCAUCAAUCGGCCAGAUGACAAAGGCUAAUCUUGUUUCAAGAUACUGCUCCUACGAACUGUUUGGUAUUGAUGUGCUGCUGGAUCAUGAACUGAAGCCCUGGCUAUUAGAAGUGAACAUCUCUCCGUCCUUGCACUCGUCCUCGCCGCUGGACCUGGCCGUGAAGGGGCCCCUGGUGCGGGACCUGAUGAACAUCGCAGGGUUCCAGAUCCCCAAGCUGACGCCCGCCCAGCAGGAGGAGUUUGGGGAGAAGUGGGGGACCCGAGACCCACUGUGUUUCGACAGGCGCCUCUACACCAUGCUGCUCAGCCAGCACGAGCGCAUGAAACACUUGCGCCAACAGCAGCACUCCCGGGACGAGUAUCUGGAAGAUAUCUUGAAAAACUUGACACCAGACGACAUCAGGCAUCUCAUCCAGUCGGAAGAUGAACUUACUCAGGCUGGCAAUUUCAUCAGAAUUUUUCCCACUUCCGAAACCUACACCUACCAUGAAUUUUUUGAAGGACCUCGUUAUUACAAUAUGAUGUUUGAUGCAUGGGAAACAAAGUAUCACAACAAUCGUCAGGAAGGUAUCGAACUAUUGGAGUGUCUGUGCAGAAAAAAGCAGCACCUCGUUGUCCCAGUGUCGACAGCAGCUGUCAAGUCCUCUGCCAGCCCGCAGAGUCAACCAGUCAAUGAGAACACAUAUCCGUUGCCUCUCAGCAUUGGGGAGGAGGCGGCAGUGCCGUCCACAGAGCGGAAACCAGUGGCCUUAUCGUCGGUGACGCUGUAUCGAGCGGUGCGGCCGCGCAGCGGCGCGAGGGGCGUGGUGCUGCGGCCCUUCUCGCGCAUCGUCCACCUGGGCCGCCGGCCGCGGGGCCCCUACAGCCGCGGCGUGCCGUCUGACUCGAGCAGCGGGGACGACGAGGAGGGGGAGGGGGACUGCGAGGACUCGUCGACGUGCGUCAAGUGCUGAGGGCACGCCUCCCCCUGCGUCGCUCGCCCCUCGUCCUGUGGUAUCGUCUGUUGUGAAAAUUAUUUUCUUUGUGAUAAAUUAUUGAUGUGAACUGCGAGUAACAGUUUUUAGAGUUUUAUAUUUAUAGUGCGUGUUGAACUACUUGUGCAAACAGAAUGAUUAGGAAAUGAAACUGUGGCCUAGAUACAUUUUUGAAGAAGAAAAAAGGGGUUUUGUGUUCUGUAUAAUCAACUUUUAUAUUUUUUAUGAAUUGUAUAGUAAAUUUUGAUAAAUCAUUAAAUUUUUGUAGUGCAGGUAAUUUUAUUUAUUUAAAUUAUACCAAGUAUAGUUUGCUGUGUGUACAGAUGUAUUUCAAGAAGCUUUAGAAUUUGGUUAUCAACCACAAGUUUUCUGGCCCUUUGUAUUGUAAAAAAUAGAAGAAAAUUUAAUAUACAUCAAAUGCCUGUGUCAAUUGUUGAAUAUUUGUAGUAGUAUGCAGUGAAUCAUGUAGGGCAUACCUGCCUUAAUAAAGUACUCACAUGUUCACUGAU